AUGCGUCAAAAAAGAGCUAAAUCAUACAAGAAACAAUUAAUAGUUUAUAACCAUACGUUUAAAUUCCGUGAACCAUACCAAGUGAUAAUAGAUGAUGCAUUAGUUCAAGAGACGUUACGAGCCAAAUAUAAUUUGAUUAAAGGUUUGAACAAUGUGCUUUCUAGUAGCAAUGCUAUUAAGCCCAUGAUUACACAAUGUUGUAUAUCUGCAUUAUAUAAGAGUGAGGACCAAGAGAGUAUUAGUAUUGGUAAGACGUUUGAAAGACGUCGUUGCAAUCAUUCUGUGAAGGAACCUUUAAGCCCAUCUGAAUGUAUGUUGAGUAUUGUUGAUGUGAAUGGGAAGAAUAAGCAUCGAUAUAUUGUGGCUACACAAGAUUUAGAAUUAAGACGGAAAUUGAGGAAAAUCCCUGGGGUGCCGUUAAUCCAUUUUAAGAGAUCUGUGAUGGUUAUGGAACCGUUGAGUGAUGCUUCAUGUGAAUAUAAUGAAGAAGUGGAGAGUAAAAAAUUGACAUCUGGAUUGAAUUCUACAAAGGCUAGUGUGGAAGGAGGACAAGAGAAUGGGAUUAAGAAGAAAAAAGUCAAAGGGGUGAAUCCAUUAAGUAUGAAGAAGAAAUCGAACUCGAACUCGAACUCGAACUCGAACUCGAACUCGAACUCGAAACCGAAACCGAAACCGAUUAAACAUGAACGGGACAAUGAGAAUGCAACGGAUCAACCUGCUAAGAAGAGGAGAAAGAGAAAGCAUACUUCAAAUGCUAAUGCUAAAAAAUCUGAAGAGUAA